UUUCGCAUGGCGGACGUGCAAGGCGACACUGUUAUUUGUUGGUGAUAAUUCUAAUUAUCUCGUUGUGAUUGUGAUUCCUUAUGGAAAGACUAAUGCAAAUGCUACUAUUUCUUUGUGGACGUGCCCUUUUCAUUCCUUAGUAUCAGAUAAUGCUAAAGUGUUCUUUGAUUUUGUAUUUGUGAGAACUGCAUAGUAGUUUUAUCCUCUAAAAUGGGAAAAUGUGAUGAAGCUAGUGUGGAAGUGAAUAUGGGGGACUCGGCGUCCCCCAUGAAACCCGACAAUUUUACUUUUACUGUGCCCCCGGAGGCUCCUGUCUUCGAGCCAACACCUGAGGAGUUCCAGGACCCCCUCGCGUACAUCAAUAAAAUUCGACAUAUUGCCGAGAAAUCUGGGAUUUGCAAGAUUAUCCCACCCGAGCACUGGCAACCCCCCUUCGCAGUGGAUGUGGACCGGCUACGGUUCACCCCGAGGAUCCAGAGGCUCAAUGAGUUGGAGGCCAUCACCCGAGUCAAGCUGAACUUCCUGGACCAGAUCAUCAAGUUCUGGGAGCUGCAGGGCUCCACCCUCAAGAUCCCCACCGUGGAGAAGAAGCCGCUCGACUUGUAUGCGCUGCACAAGAUUGUGCGGGAGGCUGACGGCUUCGAAGUGUGCACCUCGGAGCGGAAAUGGUCGAAGAUCGCGCGGCGCAUGGGCUUCCCGCAAGGCAAGGGCAUCGGCUCCAUCCUGAAGAACCACUACGAGCGGAUCCUGUACCCGUACGAUGUGUUCAAGAGCGGUGGCGCUGUGGGGGAUAAUAAGGAUUCGAAGGUCGAAGUGAAAGGCGAACAGACCCCAGAGAAGGUCAAUCCAGCCAAUCGCAGGCGUUCAGCCACUAAAUGCAGCCCGGCGGCCACGCCCCCCCCUUCUAGAAGGUUCAAGCUGAGCUCGCCUGAGCCCAAUGCCGAGGGAAGUAGGGCCGAAGGUGCCUUGACGCCGAAGGAAGAGAUUUCACCGCAGAAGGAAGGGGCUGAGAAUCGAAGGAGUCCACGCGAGAACAAAUGGGCCGGCGGCACGGGGUCCCGAGUGACUCGCUCCACCAAACUGCGCGAACACCGCAUGUCCAACAUGACGGUGUCGGUGACGCCGGCGCCGAAGCCUCUGGGGGACCCCCUGGUGGCUAAUGACCCGCUAGCAAAAUACAUGUGCCGCAACUGCGGGCGCGGCGACAUCGAGGAGCAGAUGUUACUCUGCGACGGCUGCGACGACUCGUACCACACGUUCUGUCUGCUGCCGCCUCUCCACAUCGUGCCUAAAGGCGACUGGAGAUGCCCCGUGUGCAUCGCCACUGAGGUAUCUAAACCAACAGAAGCGUUUGGCUUCGAGCAAGCAUCUCGCGAGUACACGCUACAACAGUUCGGAGAAAUGGCCGAUCAGUUCAAGUCGGACUACUUCAAUAUGCCAGUUCACAUGGUGCCGACGUCGACGGUGGAGAAGGAGUUCUGGCGCGUGGUGUCGUCCAUCGACGAGGACGUCACCGUCGAAUACGGGGCCGACUUGCACUCUAUGGACCAUGGAUCUGGGUUCCCGACCAAGUCCAGCGCCCACUUAUACCCCGGGGAGCAGCAGUAUGCAGAGUCCAGCUGGAACCUCAACAACCUGCCCGUGCUGGAGGGCUCCGUGCUGGGCCACAUCAACGCAGACAUCUCCGGCAUGAAGAUCCCAUGGCUGUACGUGGGCAUGUGUUUCGCCACAUUCUGCUGGCACAACGAGGACCACUGGAGCUACUCCAUCAAUUACCUGCACUGGGGGGAGCCGAAGACUUGGUACGGCGUCCCGGGUUCAAAAGCCGAACAAUUCGAGGCGGCCAUGAAGGCCGAAGCCCCUGAACUGUUCCAGCUACAACCAGACCUGCUGCACCAGCUGGUCACCAUCAUGAACCCCAACAUACUGAUGAAGGCCGGCGUGCCCGUCUACAGAACGGACCAGCACGCCGGCGAGUUCGUGAUAACGUUCCCGCGCGCCUACCACGCGGGCUUCAACCAGGGCUACAACUUCGCGGAGGCCGUCAACUUCACCCCGCCCGACUGGCUAAAAAUGGGUCGCGAGUGCAUAGCCCACUACUCAACGCUACGUCGCUACUGCGUGUUCUCACACGACGAGCUGGUGUGCAAGAUGGCGCUGGAAGCCAACAGCCUGAGUCUGGUGGUGGCUUUAGCUGCCUAUAGGGAUAUGAGGACCAUGCUGCAUGAUGAGAGGAAGCUCAGGAAGGGGCUGUUGGACUGGGGCGUAACACAAGCCGAGCGAGAAGCCUUCGAACUCCUCCCCGACGACUCCCGCCAGUGCCAGCUGUGCAAGACCACCUGCUUCCUGUCGUGUGUGACCUGCGCAUGCACAGGCAGCGUGGCGUGCCUGCGCCACUACGCCGACCUGUGCGCCUGCGCGCCCGCGCUGCGCACGCUCAGAUACCGCUACACGCUAGACGAGCUCGGCGCGACACUGGACCGCCUGAAACAGCGUUCUGAGGCGUUCCGCGAGUGGGCCGAGGCGGUCAGGGAAGCCCUAGACCCAGACACGCCCAAGACCUGUGACCUGGACCGACUGAGGCACCAUAGAGACACGGCGCGGGACCUUAAGAUCCACAAAACCGACCUAGUCCGAGCCCUAGACACGGCGAUCGAGGACGCGGAGAAGUGUCUCUCCGUCAUCCAGCAGCUGGACCUGAACAAGAUGCGCACGCGCACGCGCACGCACGACCCCAAGUACCGCCUGACGGUUGAAGAGUUAAGACUGUUUGCUGAGGAGAUUGAUCAGCUGGCCGCGGUGUUGCCUGAAGGAUCAGCAGUAAAGGAGGUGCUACGUCAGACGGAGGAGUUCGAGCGUCGAGCCACAGACAUCCUGUCUGAAGAGCUGGACGACACUGACCCACAGAUGCUCAGGGAUUUGGAGGAGACAGUAGAACUGGGCUCCCAACUCUGCAUAAUCCUGGACCAGCUCCCCCCGCUCCAAGCCCGUCUGGCUCAAGCCAAGUUCCUGGACGAGGUCAAGGGCUACAAGGAAGACCACGCCAGUCUCACCCUCGAGGUCAUCGAUAGACUGAUAGCGGAGGCGAAUACCGUGGUCCCGCAUAAGAGAGUUCAGGCGGAGUUCGCGUAUUUGAGCAAGCUUAAAGAGCAAGUAGAAGACUGGGAGUCCAAAGCCCGCGCCCUCCUCACCGCCGACGCCUCCUCCCACACGACACUAGACGAGCUGCACCAGCUGCUAUCAGCCGGCGAGCAGCUCCACGCCGCGCUGCCCAGCACGCACGCGCUGCACGCCGCUGCCCAGCAUGCUGCGGCUUGGCUGCAGAAGGUGGAAGAGAUGCAGUCCAAAGACCACUACCCCUACUACCACACAGUCGAAGCGCUCGUCAAAAAGGGUCAAGCCAUCCCGGUGGCCCUGUACGAGAAGGAACAGCUGAGUGCCGCUCUCCAGUCGGCACGGGAGUGGAAGCAGGGCGCCGAGAACAUGUUCUUGACUAAGAGCUGGCCGCAUUCCCUAAUGGAAGCCCUAUGCCCGCGCACGGAAACCACCUCUCGCUCGCGCCGGCGCCGCACCACGACUGACCCUCAGCCUUCCUCAUUAGAGGCGGGGUUGUUCCUCAAGAACUUUAGCGAGGAGUCAUCGCCGGCUGAGAUCGUGGCCGCCUUCAAGCAAGCUGAGCAACGGGAGCUACAGUUACUGAAGGAAGCCAGAUCCCGCAACAUGCGCAAAGACGUCCGAGCGGCCCCCUCCCCGACCGUCACAUUCUGCGUGUGCCAGAAGCGGCAGUACGGCGUGAUGAACCAGUGCGAGCUGUGCAAGGACUGGUUCCACGCCUCCUGCGUCCCGCCCGCCCGCGAGUCCCGCUCGCAGUCGCCGGAAGGCUCCCCGCCCGCCCCGCGCGCGCCGCCCAAGUUCCUGUGCGCCGACUGCCGCCGCACGCGCCGCCCGCGCCUGGAGAGCAUCCUGGCUCUACUUGUUUGGCUACAAAAGCUUCCAGUCCGCCUAGCCGAGGGCGAAGCCCUCCAAUGCGUAACAGAACGAGCCAUGGCGUGGCAGGACAACGCGCGCGCCGCGCUCGCCUCGCACCACCUGCACCACGAGCACUACUCGCGGGAAAACAGAGAAAAGUCGGACAAAUUAAAUGCUGAACUGAAAAAAGCCACCGGAAGAUCGCACGAUUCACAGAACUCACAAAAUGCAAGAUCAUCAGCGAGCGUAGAACACGCUUACAGCGCGUCCCCGCGUCCCCCCGCCCCCCGCGCGCCCCCCGCGCUGCUGCACAAGCUGGAGCAGCUCAUGCUGGAGGGGGAUCUGUUGGAGGUGACCCUAGACGAGCAAGCGCACAUGUGGUCCGUGGUCUACGCGUGUCGCGACGCGCGCACGCGCCGCACGCGCCUCGACGCGGGCCGCCGCCGCGCGCCGCUCAAACAGCGCGCCACGUUGAAGACACACGCCGCGGGGAAGGCGCAACAUUCGGGACACAAAGGACCUACAGCAGCACCAAAAGCAACAGUGAAACGUGGAAACUCAACCACAACCAACUACUUAAAUAGAAAACAGGGCAUGUCCACAUCGGGCCUGAUGAUGAGGAAGCACUACAUGGCGCGGCAGGAGCGGCGCAAGCGCGGGGCGGCGCCCGCCACGAGACCCAAGCCCGCCAAGCCGCAAGCUAAAGCCGCGAGCCGAGCGCGCGCCCCGCGCAGCCCCUCCGCGCACUCGAGUUCCUCGUCUCAUUCAUCAGAUGACGAGGACUGCGCGGCGCCCAGCUGUCUCAGACCCACUGGUAAAGUGGACUGGGUGCAAUGCGACGGCGGCUGCGAGCAGUGGUUCCACAUGCACUGCGUGGGGUUAUCGCGAGCGGCGUUACGUGAGGACGAUGACUACGUCUGCGGGGCCUGCGCGCAGAGGAGCAAGCAACAGGACUAGGGGGUAGGAUCGAAGGAUCAGUUUUGGAGACAGGAGCCAGCAACAAGAGUAGAAGGAUAGGAUCGAAGGACGAGUUUU